AUGGGAAUAUUUUUAAUGUUAACAUCGUACGAGACUUAUCGUAUUAAGAAUGUAGAGAAUAUAAAGAAUACAACGAAUCACACGAAUGUAGAGAAUAUAAAGAAUACAACGAAUCACACGAAUGUAGAAAAUGGGAACCAUGUGGAUAUAGUGAAUGUGAAUACUGUGAAGAAAUACGAGGAAGUGAAAUAUUUAGAAUUUGAUCUAGUAUAUAAUCAAUAUGUUAAGAAACAUAAUAGCAUAGUUUUUUCUAAGCUAUUAGGGUCAUCUGCCAAACCUAAUAUAUCAGAACUUCCAAAAGUUGUUGUUGUCCAAUCAGAUUUGACAAAAGGAUACGGAAACCGAAUACCUCCAUUGGUUUGUGGUUUUAUAUAUUCACUAUUGUCCGAUAGGUUAUUCUUUAUUGAUGGAUAUGAUAAUUUCUCAAGUUAUUAUGAGAAAGACUUUGAACACAAUUGGAAAAUUGUUGAAAACAUGUAUAAAAAUAGCUCCUCUAGACAUUUACAUAAACGUAAUGUAUAUAAUGAUUUUCAGUUGGUGGCGACUGGAAACCUUAGCAAUGAUAAAACUGAUAUUUUAUAUGUUGCCACUUGGGAUUACGCAUGUGCUCCAAUAACGUCAAACCCUCAUUAUAAGGAAUGGUUUAAUAAAUUAAUACCUGAUUCUAGAGUUUUUACGGCUAUCAGCCUAAAAUUAAUAAGAUUGCAUCCAAAUAUCAGCAAACAAGUAGAGAUUUUUGCGGACAAUAAUUUUAAGGAUUAUAAUAUAGGUAUUCAUUUAAGAGAGAAAAAGACAACAAAUCGUUUAAUAACACCCAUAGAUCAUUUUAGUGAGGUAGUGAAAAUGCUGAUUUUAGGAAUGAAAAACACGAAUAUAACUAUCUUUGUGUCUGCUGAUAGUAAUAAUGGUCGUAAAAAAUUAGUAAAUUUACUUGAUGAAAUAAUUAUUUAUAAUAACAAUUCUAUUAAUAUAGUUCAUACUGAUGAUAAUAUGGAUGCUCCAAAUCCUUUUAAUUCGAACACUGGUACGGAAAUAGGUGCUCUUAUCGAUAUGAAGUUGCUUAGUUUGUGUGAUGAUUUGGUGAUUACAUAUGGUUCAACAUUCGGUUAUACUGCUGCAGGAUGGUCGUCAAAAGUUUCUCACCGAAGAGGCCCAUAUGUCGUAAUGCCAAUAAAAAACUCGAGCGAUGAUUUUUGGACUUCAGAUAAGGUUUGGGUGUACGGUGCUACAUCAAAUGAGCCUUGCAUGUACCUAAGCAAGUGGGUACUUGAUAAAGCAGAUAAGGCAAUCUCUAGAACUUUUAAAUCAAAUCCGUUAUGGAUGCAUUAUAGUCAAUGUCAUUGGCCAAUAUAG